CUCCACAGACAGGACGCACCACCUCACGCUCCGGGAAUGGGAUCUUUACUGGGUUCAAAGAAAAACUUCCAGUUCUUUCGAGUUUACGCUCUGCAGAAGUUACUUUUCAAACUGCAGGGAUAGUUGUUACUGGAGGGUGACCGCAGCAAAGAAGAGCCGCUGGCCAAUGAUCUUUAAGACGCACCAGACUUUCUCUGACUGUCAGGGAGAGUUUCAGAUGCUGGGAAUCAGUGCAGCAGAAUAAAGAGGUCUCCAGUCCGUUUGAUUACGCAGAUAUCCUUACUUACUUACAUUCCUAAGUUAAUGUGAGGCGUGCGUAAAAUACUUGUGCGUAAAGUUGGAGCUGUUGCGCACGUUUCAGUGUGAGUUCUAGUGGCGCAGCGCGUAUAAAAGAAAGAUAAUUUGCUAAAUAUCAAAUCUGUGCGACGUGUUAAUACCUUGGCAGCCAUGGCUAGAUGGUUCAGAGAUUUCCCCAUCAACCUGAAGAACGGAAGCGAAAGGGUCCGCUCGGCAUCUGAAUCAGGUCCACAAGCUCGAGCCAAACCAUCGUUUUCUCGAGACAGUUUGAAAGGUAAUCAACGUAAGGAUGGAGGAGUGGGGGGGUUGUUAGCGGGGAGAAACAGGAAAAAUUCGGCUACGGAAUUGGGUCGUAAUAACACUGGGUCUGGUGGGACCGUCUGGGACAGUCUCACUUAUGGGAAAGGUCGCAAGAGCUCCAAGAUCGAGGCCACGGGGGCACCAGACGAGAACCGUCAGGUCAGGACUUCGAGUCUGGCGCAAGCGUACAUCAGCAGGAUGAUUAAAGUGGACAAAGGAGACAAAAACCCCAAACUCAACGGGAUAAGUGAAAAGAAGAAGCCUGACAACGAGAAGGGAAGGUCUGACAUCAAGACAACGCUGAUUAUCCUGGAGGACUACGCUGAUCCUUUUGAUGCAGAGAAAACCAAGGAGCAGAGGGAGGCUGAGAGAGCCGGAGUGAAUGAUGGGUACAUGGAGCCCUACGACGCCCAGGUCAUCAUCACAGAGGUUCGUAGACGUGGCUCCAAAGACCUUUUGAAAGUGUGUGUUCUGCUGGACCGCAGCCACAGAGAGGGGAAGGGAGAAGAGGGGAAGCCCUCGCCUCCGAACAUCUACGACACACCGUAUGAGGGUGGAAUGGAGGGCGAUAGCGAGGGGGUGUGGAUCCCUGUCACGCGACCAGAGUCUGACGUCCGUCCCGCCGGAGAGUACGAACUGCCCUGGGAGUGGAGAAAGGAGGACAUUGUCAGAGCGCUGUCAGCUCAAUUCGAGGCAGUGGAUUGUUCUCCCACUAAAGAGAACAGUUCUGCCUCCAGCCGCCAGCAGCAGCAACAACAGCAGCAGCAGCAGCAGCAGCAGCAGCAGCAGCAACAACACACCCUGAGACAGAAGAACUGGAACCAUAAAACCCUCAUCUCCUCUCCUCCGUCCUCCUCCUCUUCUUCCUCCUUCCCGUCCUCCCCUAUCCUCAAACUUUCCCCUCUCACGCCCCCGUCUCCCUCGUUCCCAACCCUCAAAAUCUCACCACUCUCACCCUCAUCCAGCCCCAACAAGCUUUCACCUCCAUCCCCGACUUCCCUCAGUGCCCCACUGGAUGGGGAUGAAGCUAAAGUGGACCCCGGCCUGCCCCUGGAGAAGCAGAGCUGGUACCAUGGCAGUGUGAGUCGGCAGCAGGCUGAGGCUCAGCUGCAGCGCUGCAGGGAAGCCAGCUUCCUGGUGAGGGACAGCGAAUCAGGAACCAGCAAGUACUCCAUUGCGCUGAAGUGAGUCUGGGGAUGUGCAUGCAUAUAUUUAGUUUUUGUAUACAUUUUUGUUUAUGAUAAUUGUAAUGCAAC